ACAGCGAGUAUUUGUUUAUACCAUUUUAUUUUAAACAAGUUAAAUUAUUUCGAUCGACUGAAAAUCCGGUAUGUGCAACCGAUUUCAGUUUUUGGCAACAUGGCACGAGUUAUUUUCCGACGUAUGUCCAUGGCGGAACAUAUACAAAGCAUUUAUAAUCUCUUUCCGGACGAAAAGUAUGUUGGAUUCUACGAUUUUACCAGGCUCACCUUCAUUAUUCGUGAUCCAAAAAUAAUUUCAAAGAUCACCAUCAAAUGUUUUGAUAACUUCUGCAACUACCGUAGCGUCGUAAACGAAUCUAUUGAUUUGAGAGCCAGUAGAAAUCUGGUCAGCUUGCAAGAACACCGUUGGCGCGAAAUGCAAACGCUGCUCAGCCCUACUUUUUCAUCCGGAAAAAUAAAGAUGAUGUUAGUGUGCCGAAAAUACGAUCAAUUUUGUAAUAACGGAAUCUAGAAAAACUGGCGAGACGUUCGACAUAAAUGAUUUAUUUUUGAGAUACGCCAACAAUACGUUGGCCACCUACGCUUUCAGCAUCAGUAUAGAUUUGUUCAAGCAUCUGAAAAACGCAUUAUUUGUGUUUGGUAAAGAAGGAAUGACGUUUAAUGCUUGGAAAUAUUUAAAAUUUUUUAUGAACAGAAAUUUCCCACCAUUUGCGAAACUUUUGAAGCUGAGAAUGAUUGGCCCGAAGAUAGUAAAUUUUUUCAAAGAUAUCGUUACCAACGUUGUAAAGGCCAGAGAUGACCAGGGAAUUGUUCGUUCGGACAUAAUACAGUUAAUGAUGAAAACCAGAGACAAAAAUAGUGGCCCUGAGUUCGAUAUCAACGAAAUGACUGCCCAGGCAUUUGUUUUCUUUGUCACCGGAUUUGCUGUGGUAAAUGAAACUCUCAGACUAUAUCAAGAAGUUGCAUUCAUUAACAGAAUAUGUGUCACUAAAACCGAAUUGCCACCAGGAAUUCCAAAUGGCGAACCGAUUAUUAUAAAGCCUGGAGACACUGUACAGUUCCCGAGUUUUCUUUCCAUCGUGAUCCAAAAUACUACCUGCAUCCACAAACCUGCAUCCGCAAACACAAGUUCUAUUCAGAAAAAUUUUUGAAUAAUAUUGUGGAUAAGUUGGUCUAUAUCGGCCCAUUUGAUAUUGGGCCUAGAAUCUGCAUUGCUAAUAUGUUCGCUCUAAUGGAAGCAAAAGUAAUACUAUUUUAUCAACUUUGGAUUUACGAUCUCAAACCCGAUGUUAAAACUAAAGUUCCUCUGGUGAUUAACAAGAUAUCAUUCACCAUAACAGCAGAAAGAGGCUUCUGGUUGAAAUUACUUGCAAGAAAUUUGGAGGCUACUGUUAUAUAAUGUUUACCUAUUGGAUACAAAAAUGAAAAUCAAACAUGAAGUUGUAAGUUGUACGACGUUCGACAUAAAUGAUUUAUUUUGGAGAUACGCCAACAAUACGUUGGCCACCUACGCUUUCAGCAUCAGUAUAGCAUCGUUCAAACUGGUUGUCCAC